GCCCCACCCCUAUCAGAAUAUACCUGGAUGUCUGUGUGUUACAGUAAAGAUCAUGCACAGCUGGGUGAAGAGAGAGAGUUCCAGCGCAUGCAAAGGCAUACCCAUGGGAGUUGGAGGAAGUGGGAGUGGUGUGCGCAGCCUGGUUUUGGAAAAGGCAGCUGCAAAUAGACUGAGACGUGGGGGCGGAAGUGGGCGUUGAGCGCAUCCUCACACUAAGUACUGGAGCCAGAUUCAGGCAGACUCAUCUGAGUGUGGGAAUGACCCGUGCUGCAAACAGACUGAGACGUGGAGGUGGAAGGGGGGGUUGACUGCACCCUCACAACACUAAGUACUGGAGCCAGCACAGCCUGGUUUUGCACGCUUAAAGCCAGCUGUAAGUAGACUGGGACGUGGAGACGGAAGUGGGGGUUGAGCGCACCCUUACUCUAUGUACCGGAGCCAGAUUCAGGCAAACUCAUCUGAGUGUGGGACUGACCUGUGCUGCAAAUAGACUGAGACGUGAAGGCCGAAGGGGGUUUGAGCGCACCCUCACACUAAGUACCAGAGCCAGAUUCAGGCAAAAUCAUCUGAGUGUGGGAAUGACCUGUGCCGCUGUCUCAUCUGUGGAGCUGGAAUUGAUCCUUGCUUAGGAAGUUAGGGGCAAUGACACUUGGAGCGCGGUGCCUGCUGCCAGCUAUGGCAACCAGAUCAAUGGCUAGCUCAUCCACCACCUCCUUCACCUCCAACACUGCUGGAUACAACAGAGGCAGCGUGCAUUCUGUUUUUCAGAACCAGAAGACGGCAAGGGUAAAGCUGAAAUCGCUGCGACGGUCUCCGCUGUUUGGUUCUGCACGCCGAGUGUGUCCGCAUCAGCAUCAGGACCUGGAAACUGCGAAGACAUGUUUGUUGUCGGAACCUAAGUCUUUCACGUACAGGUGCCUGCGCGAGAUUGAAAAUAUUCAGCGUCCGACUGUGGCAAAUGACAGAUCGAUGCGAAGAGGCAGAGGGCAAGAGCAAGGACGAAGAGGAGGAGAAACAGGCAAGGCAAGCUUGCGCCAGUCUGUCCGUGGCAGUUUCAAUAGUCUUUGGAAGGCGACGACCAACAGGGUCAGCAUCCGUGGCAUGUUCUUAGCAGCGGCAGAGGUAGCUGGUAUGGGAGGAUUGACUGCUGAAACAAGUCAAGAAGAGGGAGGGGAGAUGGGAGAGAGAAAGGUGGAAGAAUGGGACAGUGACGCAGACAACAGCCAAACGCAGAUAUCGUACGACUGGCGAGCAGAAUGGUACCCGGUGUAUUGCUCGAAAGAUUUCCCUUCUGAUAAACCUGUGGCUGUCACUCUCUUCGACAAGCCACUGGUGCUGUAUAGAGACGACAAAGGAAUGGUCCGUUGUGUAGAGGACAUGUGUCCACAUCGGCUGGCCAAGCUCUCAGAGGGACAGGUUUUGAAUGGCCGAAUAGAGUGUUUGUAUCAUGGUUGGCAGUUUGAGGGAGAGAGUGGGAAAUGCGUUCACAUUCCGCAGCUGGCACAAGGGGCGGCGAUCCCACGAGCAGCUUGCUUGAAGGUAUACCCAGUUGUUGAGAAGGCGGGGUAUAUAUUAGUCUACCUGACACCCAUGGCAGAUUUGCUUGGUGGCAAGGAGAAGAGUGAAAGCAAAGGGGGGGGGGAUGCAUCUUCAUCAGGCAGCGAAGACCUACUGGAGAAAGCGCUUCAAAAGGUGCCUGAUUGGCUGCAGCCGGCAUCGCUAAUGGUGCACGAUGACCUUCCUUACGAUCACUCUUUUCUUCUCGAGAACAUUCUUGAUCCUGCUCAUGUCCAAAUCUCACACCAUGCAACACCUGGAGGGGGAAAUCGAGAUAGCGCCCGCCCAUUGCUCAUGCGGGUUAUUGAACGAUCUGAUCGGGGAUUUAAGGGCUUCUAUCCGCAUCAGAAUAGGAGGCAGCCGGACAAGCCUUUGGUCUGUGAGAUGGAGUUUGUUGCACCGUGCCAUGUGAUCACCACUUUCCGAUCCUCAGCCGCAGAAGGGGAUGUCGAAAAGGGCGACAGCAACAUAUUGCAGCUAGUUCUCAUCUCCUGUACUCCCCUGGGUAUUGGUAAAUCCAGACUUUUCUUCACAACAACUCGGUCAAAUUUUCUACUACAGACCUUGCCUAGGUGGUUUUUUCAUCUAAAUUCAUUGAUGAUCCUAGAGCAAGAUAUGGGUCUGGUGCAAACUCAAGAGACCUAUGUGCGUGCACUUCUGAAAGACAGGCCAUUAAGCCGGGUUUACCUUCCAUUACAGACCUCCGAUCUCUAUGUCGUAGAAUAUCGGAAGUGGCUCGAUAAGGUUGGCCAUGGAUUGCCCUAUUAUGAAGGUUAUCGAACCGCCAAGCUUGCCGAUGAAGUGUCACCAGCAGUCCAUAACAAGCAGAUGCCAAGCAAUUUACCGCAAGCAAUGGCAGCCUCGAGCGCGGUGCAGGGGAACACAGGGUCCAUCCAUUCUCCCAGUCUAACUAAUAGGUACUGGCGGCAUGUCGUCAAUUGCUCGUCUUGCUUAAGGGCACUCAAGAAUUUUCGAAAGCUGCGGAAUGUCUGUGUAAUUCUUUCUGUGUUGACUGGUGUGCUUGCACUUGCCCUCGGGCCUGCAAAGCAGCGAGCAAUUGUAGCACUUCUUUGUGCAUUCAUGAUCUCUGCUGCAUAUGCCGUACAGACUCAGCUUAUUGCACGGUUUCAGACAAAUUGGCUACGGCCUCACAAGCGAUGAACUGAGUGUUGGUAACUGCGAUGAAAUGAGAUUCCAGUGACUGCACUUAACUGGGGAGCUUGAGGAGUGACUUGGUAUACACUGUUGUAACUCGGGAGUUUUCGAGGAGUGACCUCGUAUACACUGCAGUAACUGCAUGGUUAUUGCAGUUACUGGGAGUUUGAGGAGUGACCUUGUCUACACUGCAGUAACUGCAGGGUUAUUGCAGUUACUCGAGAGUUUGAGGAGUGACCUAAUAUACACCGCAGUAACUGGGGAGUUUGAGGAGUGACCAUACGUAUACACUGCAGUAACUGCACAGUUACUGCAGUCACCAUGUAGUUUGAGGAAUGACCUCGUAUACACCGCAGUAACUGCACGGUUAUUACACUUACUGCCAGUUACUGGGGAGUUUGAGGAGUGCCCUAGUAUACACUGCAGUAACUGGGGAGUUUGAUGAGUGACCUCGUGUGCACUGCAGUAACUUCAUGGUUAUUGCAGUUACUGGGAGUUUGAGGAGUGACCUUGUAUACAGUGCAGUAACCGCAGGGUUAUUGCAGUUACUCGAGAGUUCGAGGAGUGACCGAAUAUAGACUGCAAUAACUGGGGAGUUUGAGGAGUGACCAUACGUAUACACUGCAGUUACUGCAGUUACUGGGCAGUUUGAGGAAUGACCUCGUAUACACCGCAGUAACUGCACGGUUAUUACACUUACUGGGGAGUUUGAGGAGUGCCCUAGUAUACACUGCAGUAACUGGGUAGUUUGAGGAGUGACCUCGUAUGCACUGCAGUAACUGCACGGUCAGUACACUUACUGGGGAUUUUUGAGGAGUGACCUAGUAUGCUAUACACUGCAGUAUCUGGAGAGAAAUGAAAAAUGCCCAAAAGCCAACUCACAAAGCUGUGUCAGAAGUUCAAACUUCGAACUGCACGGUUAUUGCAGUUACGGGGCAGUUUGAGGAGUGACCUGGUAUACACUGCAGUAACUGCACAGUUAUUGCAAAUUAAACUCGCACUAUAAGACAAUGGAGAUUCACCAAAAAAAAAAAAAAAAAAAAAAAAAAGGGCACAGGCAGGCUAUGAGUUCUUAUUUGAAAUMCARGWAAWWRAAMCCUUUUUUUUUUUUCUUUUUUUUUUUUUAAUCCGGGCCCAGUGCCCAAGUCUGAUAUUACCAAUAAGAAGAUUGAGGCCGGGGUCCUCACAGUCUGCCCGGAGUAACCGAACCGAACUUGCUGAGAACCGGGCCCAGCGUCCCUCAUAUGGUGAUGAUAAUGAUCAUGAUGAUGAUAAUGAUCUUAGAACAACUCCUAGCCCUCCCUAUACCAGGACAUUGUAACUCAGAGACAGUACCAACCUAACCAACGUCUACCAUGGCUGUUCUCUUCUCGCUCCCUUGCAGCUACCCCCGGUUCGCCACUGGAUGGCCUUCCUCCCUCAGCAAACCCCAGACCUCUCUACAAGGCCUCACACUCAUCAAUUAAUGUGUCCAGUGACUCCAGCAUGUUUUGAGUUCGCAACUCGGCAAUGGUUAAUGCCGAAGCGUUUUCCAGACAAUUUGAAAAUAUAUGUAUCAAACCGAUGAAGGACGAAGAGAGAACAAGAAGGAAAAGGAGAGAAGAGAAGAGAGAAGAGGAGAAAAGAAGAAAAGGGAGGGAGCCGAGAGCACGGACUGAAAGAGCAUGGCAGAUAGAGAAAGGAGUAAAAGCCCAUCCCAAAU